ACCUAUAUACUAACGGGAUAGGCAACUUCUACAGUUUCCUUUGCCUCUUUCACGAAAUCACGUGAGACGCGAGACUUCGCGAGAAGUGAAGAUUUCCAGCGACGCCAUAUUGAAUUUUUUUAAAACUAGUGCUCAAUUUUCAACAAUAACGUCCUGAAAUUAACAGUUACAUCGACAAUUUAGUCAGAAUGCCUAGAAAGCGGCGGAAUUCUGUAAUGCAGAAGAAAAAGUACCACUACAAGAGGGCCCGAGACGAACAAUCCUAUGUACAGUUGGAACACAAUUAUGUCCGAAGUCCCAGUGAGGCUCCAGAGACUGAAGGAGACAGAUCCCCUUGCUCAAACUGUGAAUCUGAUGGUGAAGACUCAAGUGCAGAGGAAAUGGACAUAGACAAUUUGGAUUUGCAUGCAGGCAUCCUUGUGGGAGAAAGUGUUGAAGUUAAGACAGAGGAAGUGACAGAUCCAUUUGAAAUUUUACGAUAUGAGUUGACUGAAAAUGUGCCUUCCCCGUAUAUUAUGGACUUCAAUGAAAAGCAACACAGUAUUGAAAUUCUCCAGCUCUACAGACGGGAACACAACACAGCCGUGAAGUUAUCUCUUGUGAUCGGGAAAGACUGCCAUGUUCAGCUGUAUGUUCAUCGGACAUUAGUUCCUGAAACCCAUGAUUUUUGGAGUGAGCUUUCAACACACGUCCACAGUGCAAGUGAUGUUUUCAAGAUUCUGGAAAAACUUUCAGAGUAUGGAGUGUGCGUUGGAAACCCAGAUCCAGAAUUUCAGGAAUUGACACCAGUUGGAUGUGGAAUCUCGAAUGCCUCAUCACCAGAAAUUUUAGCCUACCGUGAAGGUGACUUUUGUGCUGUCCAAGGGAAUUUGUCAUAUUCAUCUACCAUCAGAUCUUCCCAGUGUUCUAUGCUUGUUCUUGGUGCCAGAUGUCCCCAGUGUUCAAGCUAUCGUCGACAGUUGAAGGCACGGAAAAUCCGACAGGAAGAAAAACAGGAAAAGACAUUAUCUUUGAGCAGCACCUAUAAACAUACUGAUAUGAACAGGGAUAUGCUGAUAAAGAAGUUAGAACAACAAAAGGAACAAAUCAAGUCCAUGCAACACACGAUUGAUAAGAUGAGAAGAGACUGUGAUAAGGAGAUCAUAAGAAAUGGCAUUUCCAUGAAUUCCAUCCAAAAUCAGGAGGUAUGAGAUUUGAUGGCUACCUGUGAGGAAGAGAUGGUGGCAGCUUAUCCUGACUGCAAUUCGUUUCAACGUCUCUUUUUGGAACAACAGAAAAAGGCAAUUAAACAUGGAAAAAAUGGUAUGCGUUGGCAUCCGACAAUUAUUCGAUGGUGUCUCUACCUCAGGCAGAAGUCAUCAAAAGCCUAUGAUGCUCUUAGAGACUCAGGAUUCAUCACACUGCCAAGUUCAAGAACUCUCUUUGAUUACACUCAUUAUCUAACCAGUGCCCUUGGUUUCCAGCCAGAUGUUGUCAAGUUAUUACGAGAGGAGUGUGAAAAAAGAGAGAUGUUACAGGAAGAAUGGAAGAGCUACACCGGCAUUUUGUUUGAUGAGAUAAAGAUCAAAGAAGAUUUAGUGUAUGACAAACACUCCGGAGAAAUCAUAGGCUAUGUGAAGCUUGGGGACAUAGGAGAUCAACUCUGUGCAUUAGAGAGAAAUGUUAGCGGAGAUGCAGGAAACUCUAGUGUAGCCAAAUGUAUCCUCGUUCUGAUGGUGCGUGGAAUUACGAGUGACCUUAAGUUUCCAUUCGCAGCUUUUGCUACUACAGGGAUAACAGCAGAUUUCCUUUAUCCCAUCAUUUGGAAGGCUGUUGAACUUUUGGAGACUGUGGUGAAAGUUAAGGUGCUAUUUCUCACCUGCGAUGGAGCAUCACCUAAUAGAAGAUUUUUUAAUUUGCACAGAGUUGAUGAAGAUGGGAUUGUCCAUUUCACUCAAAAUCCACAUGACCUGUCAAGAAAAAUCUUCUUUAUAUCGGAUGUACCUCAUCUGGUUAAAACAACAAGAAAUUGCUUCAGCAACUCAAAUUCCCACUCAAAUACCAGGAAAUUAUGGAAGGAUGGAAAAGACAUAUCGUGGCUACAUGUGCUGAGACUUUUUGAGGAACAUUGUGAGAACAAUCUGUAUUCCACCUGCCCAAAGCUCACACGAUUACAUCUUGACUUGACAGCCUUCAGUCGAAUGAAAGUCAGUCUAGCGGCCCAAGUGCUUAGUGAUACUGUGGCAAAUUCACUUGAAUUUCACUCUGAUGAUACAGUGAGUGAGACAGUGAAAUUCAUAAGGAUUAUGAACAAAUUCUUUGACUGUUUAAAUGUAAGGAAUCCAUUUGAAGGCAGAAAUAAACGGAAUGCCAACCUGGACCCUUACCGAUCCACAGAUGAUGUGAGAUUGGGAUGGCUUAAAGACAAUUUCCUUGAUUACCUCCAGGAGUGGAGAAAUUCUGUGAACAACAGAAGGAACCUUUCAGAUUCACAAAAAGCGUCGAUGCAGCUAAGCUACCAGACCUUGAAUGGACUCAAAAUUUCUACUCUGUCCAUCACUGAGUGUGUCAAGUUCAUGUUGGACAAGGGAGCAUCCUAUAUAUUAACCCAUUGCUUCAACCAGGAUCCCCUUGAACAACACUUCGGCCACUACAGACACAAAGUAGGCCAUAACAACAAUCCAACUGUGUUUGAAGUGAAGAACAUUCUUACGCAAAUUAGAACUGUAGGUGCUUUGGCUUUGGGGCCGAAAAGAGGCAAUAUUCAGAGGGAUGAAAAUGUGAACAUUGCUGACAUUAACAACAACAAGUUGCCCAGGAGGAAGCCUAUGAGGAUGUAAUUCACUCAGGACCAAAGUGUGACUGUCCCAGAAACUAUGAAAACCUUAUUGUACAGCUGUAAAUGUUGACAUUUUGCUGUUAUUUAUUUAUUUAUUUAUAUGUCUUGUUUGUUUUGUUUUAUCAUAGUUGUUAAUUGUAAUAAAUUAUCUGUGAGGAUGUAAUUCACUCAGGACCAAAGUGUGACUGUCCCAGAAACUAUGAAAACCUUAUUGUACAGCUGUAAAUGUUGACAUUUUGCUGUUAUUUAUUUAUUUAUUUAUAAAUAUGUCUUGUUUGUUUUGUUUUAUCAUAGUUGUUAAUUGUAAUAAAUUAUCUGAUUUUCAGUUGGUUUUAUUUCUACAGUAAAACAAGUUCCCUUCUUGCUUUACAAAAGAGCUUUUAACUGAGACUAAUAUCUUGAUGCAGUUGUAAAAUCUUCUACAGAAUCCAUUAUAAAUAUUACCUGCAUUAUUAAAAAUGCUGGUACAUUAUUAUAUAUAUCUUUUAAACUCCUUUCAAAGAUAAGUCCCAAUGUUAAAUUAAUGUGAAAGAAAGAAGAAUGUAUUUUGCAAAAUUACACUUUGGUCUUGGUCACAAGUUCUUUUGUAUUACAUAAUCCUUUGAGAAUUUGAUACCAUGCUGUCAAAGCUGCAGGUAGAAUCCCAUGGAAUGUCACUGUGACAUCUCCCUGAACUGGUGUAUACAGUUCUUUAAAGAUACACAGACACAGACUUGAAAUUACUAUUAUUUCAAAUUUUCUGUAAAAUAUUACAACAUGUUUAUCAUAUUUAUUCUAAUAGUAUUUCACAAGAAAAUAUAAUAAUAAAAAACUUUAUUUUAUUUGGAGGUUAUGGAAACUUUGAAUUUCUGGUUUGAUUGACACGUCCUUGAAUUUACACAAAUUAUUAUUUUCUUCUGAGUCCAUAAAAAAAUGGAAUUUUUGUUGUAUAUUGAAAGUUUGAUGAAAAUCAACUUCAAAUCUGUGUCUUAGUACCUUUAACAUAGAUAUUGCCUCAGCAGUGUGGACUGGUAAUAUUCCACGAUUUGUAAUUCAUUAAUAUUCAAAAAAUACAAAUUGAAUCCCCACUCCCCCCUCUCACUGGACAAGGAAU